AUGCUACACCACCUGGUCCUCUCAGUCCUACUCCUACUAUUAUGCUGUCACUCUUCUCCGUUACCCUCAGCAGAACAAGGGUCCUCCCUAAAACCGCGAGCAGGCGUUCUCCGAUCCAGCGUCACCAGCCCUUGGCCGGCAAUAGAAAACACCGAAGAAGACUACCGGAUCCAAUAUUGUUUCCACACGACGGGAGACAAAGACAUCGACGGCAAAGUGGCGGGCUGGUUUGCCCUGGCGAUUGAUCUAUGGAAAUCGCCCCCGGUCGUCGUCAAUGCAGGACGCAUCUUCAAGUUCCCAAUCGAGUACAAGAAACUCUCGUCAUGUCCAUCCGUAUCCAAAACCAACCCGUUCCUGGCCGUCUAUGUCACCGACGGAGACCAGGUCUUUACCACGCUGGACUACCACGAUGACAAGGAACACAAGAUGGAGAUCGGUCGCGAGUUUCUGGACAUCGAUACCUCCGAUUCGAAGAAGCUGCAUAAACGCGUUGGUCGCAUUGCGCACGAACUGGGGCGGAAUAUGGGCCUCCCCAAUGAUAACCAGGUCAGCUCCAAAGAGUAUGAGAUCGAUUGCCGAAAUGUAAACGGCUACGCAGAAAUGGAAGCCCGCGACAAAGACAAGGCAGACAGAGCAUGCUCGGAUCUCAGUGUCGCCGAGGAGCUCGGGUGGAAAGAGGCGAUCCAGCUGGCGCCAUUCACGAAAAGGCAGAUCGUGUCUUCCCCUACCGGUCCUUGGUAUUGGGAUUACUCUAAAAGGAAAUGGAACAGGCGAUGGGAUUCCAGGUCCAUCAUGGUGUUGUCUGCGACAUCCUACGGACGAAAAAGUCGGUUGACCAAGACGCGCAAGAAUGUCAUGCGCAUGAAAAUCAACCAUGACCCUCCUCCAGUCAACUGGUAUAACGGCCCGUCUCUGUAUGAUCUGGAGGCCCUGCUGAAGUUCUACCACGCCGGAAACGCCUUGAAUAAUUUGAACGGACUGGUUCACCAGGCUGGCUUCAAAGACUUCUGGUCUAUGGAAGAAUGUGGGGAGGAUCCGCCGAAAUAUGCGGGAAAUCGGGGAAUAGGCUUUUAA